AUGGAUGACUUCACUACCCGCACCUAUGGCACCAGUGGCAUGGACAACAGGCCUCUGUUCGGGGAGACCUCGGCCAGGGAUAGAAUCAUCAAUCUAGUAGUUGGUGGACUUGCAUCUUUACUUGUUCUGGUGACCAUCAUUAGCUCAUUCGUCUUCCCUUCACUGCCUCCCAAACCACUCAAUAUAUUCUUUGCCAUCUGCAUCAUGCUAGUCUGCGGCUCAGUGUUGGUUCUGAUAUACUGGUAUAGGCAGGGCGAUCUGGAGCCGAAGUUCCGCAACUUGAUCUACUACAUGCUCUGCUCCAUCGUUCUGCUGUGUAUCUGUGCCAACUUGUACUUUCAUGACGUGGGACGUGAUAAACAGAGCAAUGCCUUAUAAAAACCACAGGAAGCGCAGAAUGUUCAUCGUCAUGUGGGAGCUUUGGAAACCCACAUAAA